GAUGACUUCACCGUUCCGCCUGGGUUUCCUUUAUGAUCCCGGGAUCUUCCUCCUCUCUCACCAGACAUCAACCAGCCACGCAGGCGAGCACACACACAAAGUCCAAGUCCCUGCAGCCGCACACAGGGACCACCCACAGCUGGCAUCCAAAUACCGCAAAUCGGACCCCAAGACCAAAACCAGAACAAGACCCCAGCGGGAUCUAAGCCAAAAAAGGACGAUUCGAAUUCUCGUAGAGACACCAUUUGGUAGCUGCCAGCAUGUCCGAAGUAUUGCCAUACAACGAGGGGAAAAUGAGCGGCUAUGGGACGGACAGCGAGGUCAGCCAGAUGUCCUUUAGCUGCGGACUGCAGGACACAAGCGCCUUUUUUGCCGGCUCGCAGGCUAAAAGACCCCCGAAGCUCGGUCAGAUCGGCAGAGCCAAGCGAGUGGUGAUCGAGGACGACCGAAUAGACGAGGUUCUGAAGGGCAUGACGGACAAGUCGUCACCCGGCGUCUAAGACCACAAGCGAUGCCUUGCAGACUCUUUUCAUUUUGAUCACCGAUUUGAAGCACUAGUCGGCUGUGCAUGUUGGGAGGAUUGCAGGAGGUGACCGCACAGGGAGUGAGGAUGGCAUGAAAGAUGAUGGAGAAGGAGGAGUGGAGAGGCUGGUCACGGGAUAUUGUUGGCAAUCCUCCAAGCAAGUCGUGAUUUUUUUUUUCUUUUAAAGAGGAAGAAGAAACCCUGCGAGAUGACGAGACCGGCGGCUCUCGGGUGUCAACCUGUACUGACUUUCUAUUCAUGGUGAUGGAUGAACUUGUCAUUAACUCCUUUCUCCUUGCUCCAAAUGCGCUGUACGCAAGCAAAAACAAGCGGAGGGAGGAUGGCGCUCGAUGUUGUACAGUAGGCUCAGCUUGCAAAACCGCCCCACCUCCCCCUUCCUUUUUAGAUGGUGCAUUCAGGGGAGCUAUCCUUUCAGCACCGGUCCAAUGCAUUCCUGUUGCUGCUCUACUGCUUUGUGAUCCCAACCCCCCUCCAAACAGACCAAGUCAAGUCUACUAACUAAAGGAGACCAGAUUGUAUGUAAAAACAUAUAUAUAUAUAUA